AUGAGUUCUCAGACUCAGGGUAUCCACGCCAAUUUUCCAGAUGCUGGUACUGGCCAUGAAGACGAAGUCAUUUCAGUAGCCUCUCGACAUGAAACUGAAGACACACGUGCUCAAAGAGAAGCGUCGGUAGCUGCCGGUGUACCGGUGGCAGUCGACGAGAAAUUGGUUCUCCAAGUGAAGGGUCUUCACGAGACCCUGGGGAAGACCUAA